GAAGCACGGGGCGCCGGUGCAGCCAUGUUUGGGGAGGGCAGAAGUGUCGCUGCGCGGGGCUGGGGCUGCGCGGCGGCUCCGUGGGAUGCGCUCGCUGCCGCCCUGCGCCGCGCUGGCACUCAUGGGCCUGCUCUUCGCCAGGACCAUGGCCUGGACUUCCAGCGGGAAGACUCACCCGGAGCUGGUCAACAACCUCUACAAAAAAGGGAUAAUUAAAUCCCAGCGAGUCUUUGAUGUGUUGCUGGCUACUGACAGAGGUCACUACAUCAAAUAUUUCCCAUACAUGGAUUCUCCUCAGUCUAUUGGCUACAAGGCUACAAUCAGCGCACCGCACAUGCACGCCCACGCGCUGGAGUUGCUGAAGGAUCAGCUUGUGGAAGGUGCAAAAGCGCUGGAUGUUGGCUCUGGCAGUGGAUAUCUUACUGCGUGCUUCGCCAGGAUGAUUGGGCCAACAGGGAGAGCCGUGGGCGUGGAGCAUAUUAAAGAGCUGGUACACGAAUCCAUCAGAAACGUCCAAGAGGACGAUCCCACUUUGCUCAGCUCUGGCCGUGUCAAGCUUGUGGUUGGGGAUGGCAGGCAGGGAUACCCCGAAGAGGCUCCUUACGAUGCCAUUCAUGUCGGAGCAGCGGCAGCGACUGUACCCAAGGAGCUGCUGAAUGAGUUGAAGCCGGGAGGUCGGCUGAUCCUGCCUGUUGGCCCCGAAGGUGCAAACCAGGUUCUGAUGCAGUAUGACAAAACCAGCGACGGGCAGAUCAUCGAGACGCAGCUGAUGGGCGUGAUCUAUGUCCCUCUGACAGAUAAGGAAAAGCAGUGGCCUCGGGAUGAAUUCUGACAGACGGAUGGAUGGAUAUCUCUAAAGUGACCUCAGAAAGCUCCUGAAUGGGACUUGUGACUGUAGCUGGUCUGUAUAGUUUCGGUUUUCGGACAGAAGCUUUGCCAGCGGACAUGCUUGCAAAGGCAGGUUCUGCUUUAGCUGAGCUUGUAUGGAGCAAUGGAGAACAGGCAGUUCUCCCAGCAUAGGAGAAGAGGGAAGCUCUGGGGGCCCACGUCCGCUUCCUGACAGCUAGUGGGUCCAGCUAACUCCAGCCGUCCUCUCUGAUAAGCUAUAGGUAACAUCUGUGCACAGAGAAUUCCCAAGGCAGAUGGGAAUACUUACACCCUCACUAAGAAUGCUCUUUAAUAUUGACUACUCUGCCUAAUGCUUGAAAAAAAUAAGGUGCAGUUACUGUGUCAGAGCAGCAACCUAUCCUGAUUUGUCGAAGUUUAAUUACAAGAGUGUGUUCUCUUC